AUGGCGCGCGAUGUCAACGACCCCGCCGAGAGCGACGCUAUCGUCCGUGAAUUCGCACCCUUCCUGGAGGAUGCGCUCAAGGCCGGCCGCGGCUUGAAAGGCCGCAGGGAGGAGGCGAUGGUGAACAUCGCGUUGGUCGGCCACCGGGGAGCAGGCAAGUCGAGCCUCGUCAACACGCUGGAUUCGCUGCUGAAGGGACGAGUGUCUCGCCGCGCGCCAGUGGGCGACCUGGGGGGCGGGCCCGUCACGCGGCACGUGCGCCACUAUUGCUUCGCCGCGCAGCAGGGUGUUCCACGCUUGGCCGACAGGCGGCCCGUCCCGCUGAGGCUGUACGACACGUCGGGGGACCUUUUCGCGGCAACGGACGAGCACGGACCGCACGACCUGUUCAACAGGCUCAUGGACGGCCACCUGGGCCAUUGCUUCCCAUGUGACACGGAGGGCGAUGAAGCCGAGUGGAUCAACAACCGGAGCUGGAACAGCUCCCCGAUGCACUCAAAUCAGGGACACGCAUGUUUGCUCGUAGUGUCGAGGGAUGCGAUUCACGACUACAACACGAUGCAAAAGUACAGGUGGAUUCACCAGCACAGCGUGCGCAGUGGGAAAGCGACCUACAUCCUGAUCACGAAAGUCGCCGAGAUGCGUACGCCCGGCGGCCGCGCCCCAGCAGUGUUCAGCCAGGGGACGGCGCAGGAACUCAGAAGCAAGGUGGCUGCGAGCACCGGCUGCAACGCAUCGCGAAUCUUCUGCACGGACCUCAUCGGGUCAUCGGUUGCGCCGCCUACGGAUUCUCAGCGGAACCAGCUGCUCUACAUCAUCAAGCACAUAUUGAGGGCGGUCGAGGACCACCACGCUAUGGAGACGGGCGCGUAA